AUGGCCGUGCGCUUCUUCUGGGCGCUGCUUCUUCUCGGCCUGGCCUCCGCCUCGGCGCUGCUCGCGCCGGUGUCGCGCGCCGUGGCGCCGCCGCGAACGGCCGCGCCCCUCAUGAAGGAGGCGGUCACCCGCAUCGAGAUUGAGGCCUUCCGCCCGGGGGAUUACGCCAUCUCUGGCUCCCAGUGGCGAGCGGGGCUCACUCACAAGCUACACGCCAUCGUCCGCUUCAAGCGCGCCACGAACCAGGUUGGCCACUUGCGCAUCCUCCGCAACCGCAAAACCUUUGAGAACAACCACGACAAGAAGAUCCGCAAGAAGAAGGAGGCGUGCGCGGAGUACACGUAA